AUGGGCUCCGUGAACUCCCCAGGCCACAAGGCGGGAGCCCAGGCGGUGAUGAUGGGCCUGGACUCCGCCGGCAAGACCACGCUCCUGUACAGACUGAAGGGCUACCAGCUGGUGGAGACCCUGCCCACCAUCGGCUUCAACGUGGAGCCCCUGGAGGCCCCGGGGCACGUGUCUCUGACUCUCUGGGACGUCGGGGGGCAGGCCGAGCUCAGGGCCAGCUGGAAACACUACCUGGAAGGCGCCGACGUCCUGGUGUACGUGCUGGACAGCAAGGACGAGGCCCGCUUGCCCGAGGCCGAGGCUGAGCUCAAGGAGGUGUUGGCCAGCCCCGGCAUGGCCAGCGUCCCCUUCCUGGUGCUGGCCAACAAGCAGGAGGCGCCCGGGGCCCUGCCGCUGCUGGAGAUCAGAGACCAGCUGGGCCUGGAGCGGUUCCAGGGCCGCUGCUGGGAGCUCCGGGCCUGCAGCGCCCUCACCGGGGAGGGGCUGCCGCAGGCCCUGCGGAGCCUGGGGGGCCUCCUGAGGCCCCGCGGCCGCUGUGUCUCCUGGUGA